AAGCCCAAGCAGUGAUCACGGCGCCUCCUCGGCCACGACCCCGGCCGGUGGCACAGCACAUAAAUACAGAGCACCGCCGCCGGCUCCGUUUCGCCUGGCUAGCGAGCGUCGGCAUUCGGCAGCAGCGGCAGCGGCAGCGGCAGGGCGCGAUGGCCACCCACGCAGCUCUCGCCGCCUCGCGCAUCCCGACCAGCGCCCGGCUGCACAGCAAGGCGGCGUCCAAGCAGCGGGUGGACUUCGCCGACUUCUCUGGGCUCAGGCCGGGGUCAUGCUCCGUCAGCACUGCGGCGAGAGAGGCGUCCUUCUCCGAUGUCCUUGGCGCGCAGCUCGUCGCCAAGGCCACCGGAGAGAACGCGGUGAGGACACCAGCUGAGGCGAAGCUCAAGGUGGCGAUCAACGGGUUCGGCCGCAUCGGCCGGAACUUCCUCCGGUGCUGGCACGGCCGUGUGGACUCCCCGCUCGAUGUCGUCGUCGUCAAUGACAGUGGAGGCGUCAGAAACGCAUCCCACCUACUCAAGUACGACUCGAUGCUCGGCACCUUCAAGGCCGACGUCAAGAUCGUCGACGACCAGACCAUCAGCGUCGACGGCAAGCCGAUCAAGGUCGUCUCCAGCAGGGACCCUCUCAAGCUCCCAUGGACUGAGCUCGGCAUUGACAUCGUCAUCGAGGGUACCGGAGUCUUCGUUGACGGCCCGGGCGCCGGGAAGCACAUCCAGGCCGGCGCGAAGAAGGUUAUCAUCACCGCUCCGGCGAAGGGCGCCGACAUCCCGACCUAUGUCGUCGGUGUCAACGAGGGCGACUACGACCACAACGUGGCAAACAUUAUCAGCAAUGCUUCUUGCACAACUAACUGCCUCGCUCCAUUCGUCAAGAUCUUGGACGAGGAGUUCGGAAUCGUGAAGGGAACCAUGACAACAACACACUCCUACACAGGCGACCAGAGGCUGCUGGACGCGUCGCACCGUGACCUGAGGAGGGCCCGCGCCGCCGCGCUGAACAUCGUGCCGACAAGCACCGGCGCCGCCAAGGCCGUCGCACUGGUGCUGCCACAGCUGAAGGGCAAGCUCAACGGCAUCGCGCUCCGCGUGCCGACCCCGAACGUGUCCGUGGUGGACCUCGUGAUCAACACCGAGAAGACGGGCAUCACGGCCGACGACGUGAACGGCGCGUUCCGGAAGGCCGCCGAGGGCCCGCUCAAGGGCAUCCUCGACGUCUGCGACGCGCCGCUCGUGUCCGUGGACUUCAGGUGCUCCGACGUGUCCUCCACCAUCGACGCCUCGCUCACCAUGGUCAUGGGCAGCGACAUGGUCAAGGUCGUCGCCUGGUACGACAACGAGUGGGGUUACAGCCAACGUGUGGUUGAUUUGGCGCACCUGGUGGCGGCCAAGUGGCCGGGCGCGGCGACCGGGGGCAGCGGCGACCCUCUGGAGGACUUCUGCAAGGACAACCCCGAGACCGACGAGUGCAAAGUGUACGAAGCAUAAGGCCCUUUUCUUGUAGGCCAGGGGGACUGUUCUGUUCAGAAACUGUAACGAAACACGUACGUGCAUUACACUCGGUCAGGGCGAGGGCAGAAUAACUUCGUUGUGCUUGGGGUUCACUGCCCCGUGGUGUUCUUUCGACAGAGGAAACAGGUUUGCCGAGAGAGACGUAGCAGAAAUGGACCAGUUUCUGUGAGGUGUAAUCACUGAUCUCGUACAGACUUCAGAUUUUUCUUUGAGAUGUUCCGUAUCAUCGUGGAAUGUGUUUGUUCCGUAUAAUCGUUAUCGUCUUGAUGACUUGAUCUAUAAAACCUUUGUGUUACCAUUA